UUCAGAGCGCGAAACAUGGCUGGACUGGGUGCUGGCGGGGACGGCGGCGGCUACCGGGACGAGGGUGACGACGGCGUGCUCAAGGCGGCCGUGGAGGUGUUCGCGAAGCUAAAGGACCUCGACUGCCCGGUCCUGGAGGGUCUUUAUAUCACAGAACCCAAGACCAUUCAGGAACUGCUGUGUAGUCCCUCGAAGUACCGCUUGGAAAUCCUGGAGUGGAUGUGUAUUCGGGUCUGCCCCUCCUGGCAGGACAAGUUCAGCUCACUAAAGGGGGCCCCAGUCGAGGUGAAGAUCCAAGAGAUGGUGAGACUAGGCCAGGAGCUGAUGCUGUGUGGGCUGGAUGACCAGGAGCUCCUAAAGGGCCGGGCCUGCGCCCAGAAGCAGUUGCGCUUCAUGAACCAGCUGCUGGAUGGGGUCCAGAGCCUGACUGCCGGAUGCCGCAGCCGCUCCAGCAGUGUGAAGGAGCACUUAGAGGACACCAGAGAGAAGAACGAGGUGCUUCUGGGGGAGCUCUUCUCCAGCCCCCACCUGCAGACGCUCCUGAGCCCCGAGUGUGAAAGUCUUGGAGCGAAGCGGAUGGUCCCACGACACGAGAGAGACCGCUCGUCCCUCACCGGAGGCGGCUGUGCCCACGACGGGGCCCUGCUGGAGCGCGGCGCUGACCCGCGUGGGGCCGGCGCCUUUCCCCCGUCGCUCUUCUCCCAGGGCUUCCCACCCCCGCGGCUGCCGCGGGGGCCGCCGCGCCACACUGCCCCCUCACAGGCUAGGCCGCGCUGGCCGCCCGGGGCGCGCCGGUGCUCCGGGAGGGACAAGCGGCUCCGGAACACCCUCCCGCAGUGCGGACACCCGCAGGGCCGCCCCUCGCCGCAAGUCGCCCGGCGCUUGAAGAGGGGGGAGCGCCUCCGAAGGCCUUCCCGCACUCGCCGCACGCGUAGGGCCGCUCGCCGCCGCCGUGCGCCCGGCGGUGCAGGCUGA